AUGGAGCAGGUCGAGGUGGUGGAGGAAUCGCAGACGAUGGUGCGCCACGAUCGACUUGAGGCGCAGCGGCUGCUCCGUCAGUUCGCGCAAGACGGCGACCUGGUCGCCCUCCACACGCUCAAAGACGUCUGGGAGGAAAAGUUGGAGGCGGCGAAGACGGCGGCAGGGAAGCAAACGGUCUUUCUGAACUAA